CCUGAAAUUGGUUUGAGCAUUCAAAAGUCUUCUGUUAUUUUUAUUUAUUUCAUAUUUCACAUUUAUUUGAAGAAUUUCAAAGACAGUCGGUAUGAUCUCGGAUUUACUUUAAGAUUUAAAUAACGUUAUGGUGCUGCUCAGACCUGAGGUAAAAUACAGAUGUGAUGGCACGCCUUCAGGAUAAACAGGUGGAGGAAUUUGUAGACCAGGCUUUGAAAAACAACUUUCAACCUUUGGAGGAGUUUUUACUAAUUGAGACCAGAGAAGGUAUUACUUCAAAAUGUUCCAGGCAGUUCAUCUCAAAACUGGACAAACUAAUUAACAAGGAACUGGACCAGAAGAAUGUGAAGAAUGCUUCUGUGGUAUUUACCAUCUUUCCUAAAUUGGGGAACACACUGGUCUUUCCAGAGGGUAAAGGUUUAUCAUUGAUGGUGUCACAAGGACUUGUGAAAAAGCUGGUACAGUGGUUUGAGAAAGUCAGAAAGAUAUGGGUUGAAGCUGGACCGACAAGGAACGAGCUGUUUGUAAACUUAGCUGAAGACUUCUUUGAUGCAUUGAUGGUCAUUCAUGAAAGUUGUAAAGAGGGUACUUUCCAAGUAACAGAAUCCCUGCUCCAUCACAUUGGCAAAUUGGCUUCUGAUCCCCAAGUUAACAUUCUGAUUCAAAAAGAGGCGGUGAGGAAACUGAAUAUGAUUUUAGGGAAGAUCCCAUUACAACUGAAGAAAGAGAAAAAGAUCUUGUCAUCUCAAGAGGCAUCAAUUGUCAUGAGUGAUUUGGCUAGUCGAAUUAUCAAGGGAGGAGAUUAUGAUCUUCAGGUGGCUUUGAUGGAGGCUCUGUGUAGAAUGACUUCUCGUGCCCAAAGAAGGCAGCUGGCUGAUCUGUGGUUCAGAAUGAAAUUUGUUGCCUCUGCAUUCAACAAGAUUCAGGACACAGAGUUUGAGACUGAUUGCCGAAAAUUUUUAAAUCUAGUAAAUGGAAUGCAAGGUGAUGACCGAAGUGUAUACUCCUAUCCUUGUCUGGAGGUGUUUUUAGACAAGCAUGUGUUGCUCAUGCCUGUGGAUGAAAACCUUCAUGAGUUCUGGAUUGACUUCAAUGUAGGAAGCCAGAGUAUUUCCUUCUAUUUCUGCCUUGCUGAUGAUGAAUCAAAGCACGACAUCCAGUGGGACACUCUGUGCAUAACAGAUAAUGAGGUCCACAGUUACACAGUGGAAGAAGAGAAAGAUAUAAAAGUGCUGCAGCUGGUUCUAACUGAGCCAGUGUGUCUGAGCAGUAUUGAGGGCACCAGACUCCACAUCCAUUUCAGUUCCUCCUUAGACAUCCUCAAGGCCACCAAAAAAGUCUACGGAGAAACCAAGAAUAAAAAGUUUAUUGGAAAGACUACCACAUCAGUGGUAAAAACCACUGUUCAGAUAAUUUUGGAUGAAGGAGAUUCACAGGUUCUUUUUCCUGAGAGUCAGGGUUCCUCUCAUCAUGUGGAAAAAACUGUACCUUCUUCAGUGAGGAGUGACGCCUACUGUCAGUCACUGAUAUCAGAGGACAGAGAUAACCAACACCUCAACCAGCAGAUGAUAACCCCAUUAUGUAGAAAGGUAUCAGAGUCAUGUAUGUAUGUCUCUGGUAGUGCAGGACGUAAAGUUGGCAGAAGCCUGUUCAGCUGUGUGUUGCCUGAAUCUGCCUCACGGAAGUCAAAGUUGAAACCAGCUUUAGAGUUGAUCGCUUCCUCAGAGAAGAGGAAAGCAUUGGAAAUGAAAGAGCCUUUAACUGCCAAAUUAUCUCACAGUUUGCAGACAGUUAUUGUGGAAAAGGAAAGCACAAAUAAACAGGCAGUUCCCGAUCUACAGAGCCCAAAUGUACAUCCAUACCAGGAAGGAUUACAAGGUGUGGGAAAAUAUCUUCGGCACAUUCCUGUGGAGAAAGUAGUGAAAAUGGUGCAAACUGACCAAGAGCUCCAAGAAGAGCCUUUAGAUAACGGUAUAGUACUAGACACCCAGCCAGCUGUGUGGAAAGAAACUUCAAUAUUACCAAGUCCUAGCUGCUUUUACAAAAAGAGAAUUUCUAUGUCUGGGUCAUUAUUUCCAUGUCAGCGUGAAUCCUCACGUCAGUUCAGAUCAGAACCUCCACAGCAGCCACUGUCAGCCCAGAGCAGCUCUGGGGGACUAAGCCACAAACAGCUUCAUACUCAGCUAACUCAAAGACUAGAGCAGGUCCUGAGAGAGCGUGAGCAGCAGGAGCAACACCCACAAGAGCACUUUGCUGCUGGAAAAGAGGCUGGGCUUGUAAAAAGUCUCACGCAAACUGAACUUGGUACAGCUGAACAGAGUGCAUCGGCUAAGAGAAAUGGAACUUGCAUGAGCAACAAUACAACAGAGAAAGCAGCCAAGAGCAUGGUGAAGCAGAUAAAUAGCCAUUAUAAUCGCACUGCCAUUAGUACAGCAGCACAGGAGCAUGCCCCCUUGUUUAACAUUGCACCAACUAGCGGAUAUAUUUUCAACAAGAGUUGGUGUCCAAAUUCGGUUGCCAAGAUCUCUGCUAAUCAAUCUAAGAAACCAUCAAAUCAGAAUAAGAACAUUUAUGCAUUCGGUCUUAAUUUGCCAGAGCUCAGUGAGAAACAAAAUAGGUCUUUUGAAAUAUCUGGAAUAAAAAGAAGCAGUUCCAUGAGUCUUUCCAGCACCUCUAAGAAGUGUACUCCCAUGAAGCCAGCUGGUCAUAAUGUGAAGAAGCAUCUGUUCAGUGACACUGAUACCGACAAUAUGACAGAAAUUAGCUGGCUAAAAUCAGCUAACAGGAAACCCAAGCCUAAAGUGGCAGACUACACGAGACAGCCAGUUAAGCCCACUCAUCCGCCCACAACCUUCACAUUUGAAACCCCAAACAUACCCAUUCCCUCACCAAAGUGUGCACAAGCAUUGCCUAAACAAAAGUGGAAAAGGCAGAAAAAGCUUGUAGAAGAAAAGAAUAAGACAUCCAAGAAUGUUGCCAACAGAAAGCCCACAGUCAGGCCGAAGAGAACUUCAGUCAUAGCCAGAUCCUACAGAGAGGUGUCUGACAGUGAGUUAGAAACCGAUGAACCAGCUCCAGCAAAGAAAUUCAUCAUCAAACAGCCAGAAAAGCCUCAGAGGCCUGCUAUAGUCAAACCACCUGUUAAAAGAAACAGUGAAGUCAGGUCAAAUGAAGUGCAUAAGUUGCUGAACGAGAAAGAGGGGAAAAAAUUAACUGAUUAUGAAAAAUCAAAGCAAAAGAAGAUGACUGCAACUGUUCUUGGGUCUACCAAAGGAAAGGAAAAUGUUUUGGCCCCUAAAAUCACUCCUUUAGGUCUUUCUACUCUGCCUUCUAGCAUAAAUAAAUCUGUGGAGAAGAAAACAGCCAUGCUGAGACCUGCUCUUGCACCUCUGAACCCUAUGUCUAAGACGUCUCAGGCCAUAGCACAAGAAGGAAAGAUAGAUGGCAUAAUUGAACAAUCUGAGAAAAAGAAGGAAACACCAGGAAUUACCACUACACAUCCAGUGACAAAUGACAAUUUUUUAGAGGAAAAAGGGGUCAGCGAAAUAUUGGGUUCUGAAUGGUCAAAGAACAGGAAGAAUUUGCUUUCUCCAGUUUUAACAAAAGAAACUUGGGCCUCCAAAAACACCUCUUUCUGCCUUUCUCCAUUAUCCAUUGAGAAGAAGAGAUCUGAAGAGAAAAAUGCAUCUUUACCCAGCUCUCCUCUGACACCCCUCCCACCCUUGUGCAUCUCUCCUGUUGGUGCCAUUUCUCCUCCCCUGGACUUGCCUAGCCAUCUUAAAGGGAUUCAAGCUUUUUCCUUUUAUAAAUCUUCAGGAGGACCGGAUAUUGCCAAAAGACUUUCUCACCCUUUUGUAACCCCUUUUGUUCAGCAACAAAGUGCUCAAGAGAAUGCUGAGCUGAGACCAGAACAGCCAUUCCUUCACCCAAUCAUUGCCUCCACUGGUAGGAAGAAAUGUCCUUCCAUGCUCAACUCUCCAGACAAAGAAGAAGAUCUUAGAGGCUUUCUAAAUAGCUCAAACAAAAGUAUCUUGCAGACAUGCUAUGAUAAAGAGUCUGUGGUCUCUUUGGUGUCACUAAGCCAAUCAUCACACACAUCUAUGAACAAUAUAGCUACAAUCUGCACUGAACUUGAGAAAACACCUGCAUCUGUUCAGGGAAGCAGUUUUAAAAAGGCAGAAUCAGGUCCAACAACCAAACGUACUUGGCACAGCUCCUGCAGUUCAACAAGUCUUUCUGAACAAGAUGGUAGUGAAUGUGACAAGAGGAUUAAAGCCAGGCACACUAAACCCGCUGUUAGAAUGAAGCCAAGAAAACUGUUCAAACCUAAUGUCACACUACAGUCUAAGAAAAAAGGCUCUAAACAACCCAUAGAUGUUGACAGCAGCACUGAGGAAGGGGAUAAAGACAAGGGAUCAGCAGUUACUGAAGUGCGGUCCACAGUGGUGUCGAGCUGUUGGGAGGCAGAUAUGGAUCUUGUACAGCCUGAAGUGAGCACAUCUCAGGAGAUAACUUAUGUCUGUCGCCAGUUCAGCUCUGAACUUACAAGAAAAGUUGAGAACCGCUCAAGGAGAAUGGAUCUCUUCACCAAACAGUCCCUAAAGGUCUGCAGGCAACAUGUUUCCAAUAUAACCAUGAAAGUGCAAGAGUACAGGUUUAAGAGGCUGGAGGCAGUUAAACAAGUUCUAAUGGAUGAAAUGAAAAACUUAGAACAAGAUGACACAUCUCUACGGAACAUGGAGGCAGAGCUGGCUGCUUACUGGAAGAAGCAAGCCCUGGAUUUCCAUGCUUACAAGGAAAGAGGAACAGAAAGGCUAAAUAAUUUAAGAAGCACAAUUGAAACUAAUCUAGGACGAAACUUGGACUACGAGGAACAGAUCUUUUUUUCACAGAUGCAUUUGAUGAAGAAAGAUAUGAAAUCUGUUCAGGAUCAUCUAGUCAGACAGAUGCAUGAGGAAGAGUUGCAAAGUGUACGUAGAGGACUACAGACCUUGUUCCUUUCAGAUGUGCCUAUGCUUUAACAAUAGAAACCAACUGGAGGAAGUAAUGUUCAAGAUGGUUUAAAUGCAGGUUCUUAUUUUAGAGCAAUAUAUGUUCAAUAUCAUUUUAAACCACAAUGCUAUUUAUAAUGUUGAUUAUUUAUGACUUUGAUUUUGUAUAUUUGUUAUGGUCCUGUUGGACAGAUUUGUCGUUUUAACUCUGAAACACGGUGCUUUUAAAUAUUAAUAAUGAACAGCUGUAGAAAAAAAAAACAUCUUAUGAAAGAGACAGUUGUCAAAGCAUAAAAUGUAAAAAAAUUUAUUCAUGAAUAAAUGUUACCCCUGACACUUACAUUCACUUCCCAAAGGUAUGUUUACUGGUCAGUUACUAAAUAAAACAACAAAAACGUAUAUUCACAGCA